UUGUAGAGCCCUCCUCCUUCCCACACCACCUCAUCUGAGUGUCCAGCCUCCAGUCACCAGCAGUGUCUCAACUCUUUCACAAAAACCCAUUCCUCCUCCUAGGCUGUACCACCGGCUGCUGCUGAAUCGUUUUCAAGGUGACCGUGCUGCAGGAUGUCUUCUACCCCAGAGCUGCCCCCCCUCCUCUUCACCACGCUGCCCUCCUUCCCCUCGGCCACUCCAGGAGUCCCGACGGUGGAGUUCAAUGCCACCACGUGCCAGGAGUGGGAGCAUGCCCACCACCUCCUCUUCCAUCUGGGGAGCCUGUCCCUGCUGCUUGGUCUGGUCAUCCCUACCACCCUGGGUCUGCACAUGAUCCUGCUGCGCCUCCUCCUGAUGACAGGAUGUGGUUUCUUCAUUGUGUGGGCGACUCUGUACAGGUGCAACCUGGAUGUGAUGGUUUGGAAUGUGGUGUUUCUGGUGGUCAACUUCAUGCACUUGUUCUUCCUCCUGUACAAGCGCAGGCCGAUUAAGAUCGACAGGGAGCUGCGGUCCGUCUACAAGCGGAUGUUUGAGCCCCUCCAUGUGCGGGAGGCUCUGUUUCAGAGGCUCACGGGACAGUUCUGCACCAUCCAGACACUGAAGAAAGGCCAGGCCUACGCUGCCGAGGACAAGACGUCUGUGGACGAACGCCUCAGCAUUCUCCUCAAAGGAAAGAUGAAGGUAUCAUACCGAGGCCAUUUCCUCCACAACAUCUAUACCAAUUCAUUUAUUGACUCUCCAGAGUUCAGAUCCACUGAGAUGCACAGAGGAGAGAAGUUUCAGGUGACUAUCGUGGCAGAGGAGAACUGUAAGUUCCUGUGUUGGUCUCGAGAGAGGCUCACCUACUUCCUGGAGUCAGAUACUUUCCUCAAUGAGGUGUUCCGGUACCUUAUUGGCAAAGACAUCACCAACAAACUGUAUUCUCUGAAUGAUCCCACACUCAGUGACAAGGCAGUGAAGAAGAUGGAACGUCAGCCCAGCCUGUGCUCUCAACUGUCGAUGACACAGAUGAGGAACAGCAUGGCGAGCACUAGCGACACUGAUGAUGUCCUGAACCAGAUCCUACGAGGAGGAUCGGCUGGAUCAUCGCUCCAAUCCCCUGGCACUAAAACCUCAAAGAUGAAGCCCAUAGAAGAAGGCAUGGAGGAUGACGUUUUUGAAGAACCUGCGCCCUCCAAGUCUCGCCGUAUGUCCAGCACUUCCACUAAGGAAGUGUAGCCAGCAUGGGAAGAGAAUACACAAGAUCAAAUGCAUAUUAUGCACAGUAGGUCUGUUUAGCAACCUAACGUCCAGAGCCUGAUUGAUACAUUGGCAUGGCCGACAUUAUCAGCUGUGCCGUUUUCCUAGGUAAAUAAUGUCUGUCUAUAUGCUGUCAUUUAGAAACAGUGUCUCCAUUACAUAGUUUGCCCACCAGACAGCACUGACAAGUUUAGUUUUACACUGUAAAAUGUUACAUAUCUUGGUCACAAUUCUUUAAAAAAAAUUAUAAAAAAAAGAAAUAUUGGUUGAUAUGUUAUUAACAUUUAUUUUAAAAGCGGUACUAAUCGAUUUGUUUGACCACUUGUGAGAAGCAGAACAGGUUGUUAACACACAUAACUGACAUAUUACCCUCUUACAAAGUUGUUAUAACGAACAUGUAAAACACUUGCCCAUCCAACAGACACAUAGCAACAUUAUCAAAAUGACGUGGUGUUUGUGUUCAACAUAUGAAUGUCUGAUAGUCUAGAAUUCACUCUCAUUUAGCUCUGUUUUGGUCUCCACCAACCCCUGAGAACAUUAUCCGGCUUUUUGGAUGCUAAAUGUUCCAGUAAUGUUAUUUAUACCAAGUAGUUGCUAACUGUGUCUUUCUGCUGUUUCGGUCUUAGGAGGUACAGCAGCAGUCUAGUGUGUUUUUAGAGCGUUUGAACU